CACCAGCCAAAAAAUCAAACAGCUGUGUUUGCAAUUGCACCAGCAGUAGAAGCUUCCAAAAAAAGGCACAAGUAUUUUUGCUCAAUACAUUUUCCAGUUCACCCAACUCAAUUCCUGUGAUUUCCCAGUAAUCUCUACACGUGACUCUUUAAAGAUAAUGACAAAACCAAAACCCAACAAAAAAUCUGCAUUUAAAUCUAACCCUUCUCUCUGCAUUUCAUCAAUAACCUUAUCAUUUUAUCAUAGCCGGCAGCCACCGAAAAACAAACACAAUGAAGCUGUUCUUGGUUCUUGUAGUUUCCAUCCUCCUCCUACAGGCUUUGGUGCAAGCUUCUGCAUUUAGCAAUAAUGCAAAUUCUCUGGCAAAUGUGGAUGAAGGAAGUGACAUGGUAGCUCUUAAUAAAAAGUAUCACAAGAAAAUCAAUUGCAAAUAUGCAUGCUCCAGGAGAUGCAGGAAGGCAUCAAGAAAGAAUGUUUGCCACAGAGCAUGCACGACUUGCUGCAAAAGAUGCCACUGCGUUCCACCGGGUACCUAUGGCCACAAGAGUGCCUGUCCUUGCUAUGCAAAACUCAAAACCCAUGGAAAUAAGCCCAAGUGCCCUUGAGCCUGAACUCAAGCCACAUUUACAUAUUGGUUUGGAUUAUGAUAUAAGACUUUUAAAUUUUAAUUGUUGUUGACUACUAUGUUUAAUAAGGUGGUAGGAAGGAUGAA